UGUCGCAUAUAAUAUGGUACAGCACAUUAUGUUUACUCACAUAUAGUUUGACAUACUUUGCUGGAGACCUAGCUGAAUGAAGAGUUGUGCAGCGUACGAGAGCCCAAAAAUAUAAGUAUCCGAAGUAUGGCACCAUACGAGCUACGCAACGAGUUAGGUAUAUCGGAAGGAACGCAGCUAUUCAGCCCUUAUCGAUAGGCUAUAACGUGAAACAAGUCUCUCGCAAUUACCUGUCGAUAACACGCUCAGACUGCACGACUCCUGAAGUAGGCAAGCCCGUUAAAGCGGUGCUAGCUAGGGCUGCAAAUGUCUUACUCUGCUGGAGCUGGCAUCUUUGGAGGAACCUUGCGCAUGCGGAGUGCGUUCUUUCUUGCGGUGGUCCUAGUGGCUGCGUGGUCGGCGGGAAGCACCGACGGCGCGACUACAUGCACAACCAGACAGGGCUUUACGGUUACACCUGACAAGGACUACACGCCAGGCCCGUCCAACGAUGACCUGCCGUCCUGCCAGGUGUCGUCUUUUGCUGGUAGCCUAUCAGUCGCUUUGUCAGUAUGUGAGGAUGACAACGUCAACUGUAGUGCGUUGUCGUACGUUCCAAGUAUUCAGAAUUAUUGCUUCAGGAAGGGUAGAGAGCCCCUUGUAGAUGCACCUGGGACUUGCUUCUACACGGCAGACAACAUCACAACAGCUGACUGCCCGAGCAUGGAGGGAUAUAUAGCCACCCCGAAUGUGGACCUCAAUGUCAACCUGAAUGUGGAGAAGGACUGCAAGUCUUUUAGUAACAUGGCGGCUAUCCCUUCCUUCAUGACGACCCGCGGCGCCGCUGCUUUUUCCUUCACCCCUUUUACAAUGACAAACUAUGGGUGCGUUAAAAAUGUGACUGGGUCAUUCAUCGCGAAGCCAGGCCAUUGCUUCUACACACCAGCACCAAGUCUGCCUUCCCCGCCUCCGAGUCCCCCACCCUCGCCCCCGCCUUCCCCGCCUCCGAGUCCCCCACCCUCGCCCCCGCCUUCCCCGCCUCCGAGUCCCCCACCCUCGCCCCCGCCUUCCCCGCCUCCGAGUCCCCCACCCUCGC